GUGAAGCUGCAAAAAAGAAAAUUGGUCCGGUCCUUAAGGAGUUAAAAAACUGAACAUGUGAACAGCACCCCUUUCAAAUCAUGUCCAGAUGAAUUAACCUCACGUGACUCCAAUAAAGGAGGAGAAACAUCUCAAAGGAGAUCAAGAGAGAAAUAUCAGGUGUCACAGUCUGAAUUAUGGUCUUCAGUAGCAGCCAUAUUGUCUGUCACCCAGCUUUUCCAGAAACAGAUACACCCAUGGAACGAACAAUGAUCUUGACAGAAGAGGACGGCGUGUAUGGAGUCUCUGGAGAUAAGAGGUCUCAUCCAGGAGCGACAUGGGGAAAUGGAUCAUGGUCUGACCAGGGAUUGUAGACUGCAGAGACUCUUCGUGCUCCUUUGUGCCCUUCACACGCUGACAUUGGGUGAGACCUUUGAUCUUGAGAACUUCCUGACAGUAAAUGGGGUCCUAGACCAAUCUGUAGAGCUGAAGUGUGGGGACAUUGACGCCUCCUUCUUCUUUAUCUGGACAUUUAUCAUCCUUGGGACGGAUCAUCCAAUUCCCAUCGCUGGCAAUGAUAAUGUCUACAAGGAUGCGUCAGCUCUGGGAAUCGUUACGCUGAAUGGCAGCUCUAUGGUCAUAGACAAGCUACAGCUGAGGGCUCAGGGACGGUAUGCAUGCACAGCAUUCAAGCCCGGGACGGACUCCGCACCGACAGUCUACAUCGACUUGACUGUUCUAGUGCCUGUCUUACAGCCAAAUAUACAAAUAAAUGACCAAACUCCGGUAGAAGGAACACGGGUCGCAAUGUUAUGCACAGUGAAGGUCGGGACAGGACCUAUAAGCUUCAUCUGGCAGAGACACACUAAACUGGGGGACACAUUUACUCUACGUGAAGGCAAUAAUAGCUUCCUCCUCCUAGACCCAGUCACACGGGCGCAUGCUGGCUGGUACACCUGCACAGUGAGGAAUAUGGUCAAUGAGGAAACCAGUGGGAGGUAUUACCUGGAUGUCAUCUACGGGCCGGAUGAACCAGAAAUCUCCAUCAAGCCAUAUGCCAUCAGUGAGAAUGGUUAUGCUGCCAAUGAGCUUGAAGAGGUCACCCUGAACUGUUCAGCUCCUUCUAACCCUCCAUGCCAUUAUACCUGGCUCUAUAACAACUCCAAGACGUUCACCGGUCAGAUAUACGUCAUUCCCAAGAUCUCUCGGACCCAGACGGGGAUGUAUACCUGCUGGGCAGAGAACUCCUACCUCAAAGCGGCCACCCAGAGCACCAUCAUCCUCACUGUCUAUUAUUCACCAGUGGGAUCUCCCACGUGCACAGCACGACCUCAUAAUAACUACAAGGAUGUGGCCCUCUGGUGCUCCUGGCCUGGGGGGUUUCCCCUGGCACAGCUUCAAUGGCUCCAACCAAAUGAAGAUGACAAAGUCAUUGUGUCAAACUCAAACGCAACCCUGAUAAAAAAUGGCGCACAGCUGCAAAACAGAAGCAACUUCACAUGCACCAUUUCCCACCCGACCCUCAAGAGCAACGUCAGCUGCAACGUCACUGUGGUGAUGCCUCCAGGUGGCCCCAAUUGCUCUGCAGUAGCCACAAAGAUGAAUGAAUUCAUCAUGUUGACGUGUGAGUGGACCGGCGGGCUGCCCCGCAUCACCCUGCAAUGGAAUAACAGUCAGAUUGGAGACGUUAAGGAAUCUUCCAACAUCUAUGUCUUCAAACCUGACCGGAUGUAUGAUGGCAGAUUAUUUAUCUGCACCGCACUUCACCCCAUGGCCGAGCCCGCCCAGUGCUACAUCAAGCUCAUGGCUCCAGUUUUGGAUUCCCCGAAUCUUGAAACCUCCAUACUAGAAGGAAAAAGCCCUCAGCUGAUCUGUAACCUGAAGCUGGCCACCCCCAGCUCCGAAAUCACCUGGUACGACAACUCCAACAAGGAAAUAAUAACCGAUUCCCAAAAAUAUGGUAUAUACAAGCAGAAUGGGAUUUCAGUCCUGACUGUGAGGGAGACUGUGUCGGAGACGGACAGCGGAUUGUAUCGGUGCAUGGCCUCUAACGCUGUGGGGAACACCUCUCUGUUACUAAGGCUUCGUGUCAACAAAUAUCCUACGCCUCCCAAUGUGACCAUCAGUAAACUUCUCUACAGUCGGCAGAGGACAGAAGUGGAUCUGGAGUGGAUGACAAAAGGAGUCGGUGACUUAACGGGUUUUAUGGUACAGCGACAAGCCAGCAUCCGAUCGGCCCCCAUCCCUAAAAGAUCUGUCCAGGACGCCGCCUGGGACACGGUGGCCAGUGACAUCGAACCUGAAAUCCGGGGGCACAAACUUGCAGGGUUGGACCCUUCCAUUGUAUAUGCCUUUAGGAUACUGGCUGUCAACCAUAAGACAACAGGAUUUCCUUCUGAGGUGAAGACACCAGCCGACCCUCCAAAUAACGUCUACCCUGUGGCUAUUGGGGCCGGCUUUGCCGGCAUGUUAGUGGCAAGUGUGGCAUGCCUUCUGGUCUUCCAAUACGUUGUCCGGAACCGCGAGAACAACCCACGAUUGCACGACUUGUUCUUCAGGCCUGCUUCGGCUGAGGCUCGAGAGAACAUCCGUACUCCAGAAGAUGCUGAAACGGCAGCAGAUGGGAGCGAAGAACCCUCCGGGUCUGGGGAACCAGCUCCAGCGGCAGAAUCUCCUGCUGAGGUAUCGGCUACAGCAGCUGCUCCCAGUAAUACGGAAGAGGUGCCUUUGCCUGAGUUGUCUCCUUCUCCAGAAGACGCUCCCGUGAACGUUACCAUCACAGUGACUGCACAGCCUUAGUUUCUCAUCAUCAUGGAACGGGGAAAGAACCUCAAAAAUGGUUCAGUAAUUUUAUAGCUACUAUAGAGGUUUAAUACAGACAAAGAACUAUAGAUUAUAGUUACUAUAGAGGAUUCAUAUACUGUACAGCUUAGAUAGUAGACUUCCCUAAAAUACCAGCCAACAUCCUGUUUGUUUUUUUUGCAAACGUUCCCAGAGGUGGGUGUUUCUGGUAUGUUUUAUGAUUGGAAUAUUGGGGUGGUAUUCCAAUGCUAGAAGAAAUUUCUGUAGUUUACGGGACUAUGGGGGACAUUUAUAAAACCUUGCUUUAGUCCUCUUGUUUUUAGUUUUUUUUUACUGCCGUUUUGCUUACGUGCGACAAAUGUAUUAUUAUGUUGCACUGCCUUAGUAAAUUUGUCGUGCGUAAGCAAAAUCUUGAAAUCUGCCACAGGUAAGCAAAAGUAGGUGAGGUAUUUUAUUAAGGGUGCUUUCACACCACGUUUUGUACUUACGGU